CAGAUUUCUUCCGGAGGAUUGUUGCCGUGCAAAAGCGUAGGUGCGGUAUUAACAGUCAGGGCUCUGAGACAGGUUCCACGUAGAGGACCAACCGACAACUCCCAACUUUCACCUUUGGGUUGGGUUCCCCCCACCACCACUCCGGCGCCUCCUUAGCGACGCCCCCGGCGUAGAGCCCGCCCACUGUUGAACACGCCGAGCUACCACUUCCGCCCUCGCGUUCCACUGAGCAAGAUGGCUGAGGAGCCGGAGUCCGCGUUGCAGCUCCCUCCCUCAACUGCUGCUGAUGGCGAAGGACCUACAGAGGUCUCCCCAGAAACAGCCACUCCGGAGCCCCCUUCUUCCGCCGCGGUCUCCCCGGGGACAGAGGAACCUGCCGGCGACACCAAGAAAAAAAUUGAUGUCCUGUUGAAGGCUGUGGGAGACACCCCUAUAAUGAAAACAAAGAAGUGGGCUGUAGAGCGAACCCGAACCAUUCAAGGACUCAUUGACUUCAUCAAAAAAUUCCUUAAGCUUGUGGCCUCUGAACAGUUGUUUAUUUAUGUGAAUCAGUCCUUUGCCCCCUCCCCAGACCAGGAAGUUGGAACCCUCUAUGAGUGCUUUGGCAGUGAUGGUAAACUGGUCCUACAUUACUGCAAAUCUCAGGCAUGGGGAUGAAGUACAGAGAAAAAGCUCUUGCUAACCAGAUGAAUCUUCACAAAGCAAACAGCUCUGGAAAAAGUUGAUACUUGUGACAAGAGACUUGUGUAUGUGAUCUACACAGCAUGUAUCUACUAUGAAUCAUGUUUAUGCAUAAAGAAAUCCAUAGAGUAGAUGGACUCACAAAAAUGUGAUUUGUAUUAAUACACAAAUCAUCAUAAAAGAUUGGCUUUACAGUCUACCCAUUACUACAACUAUUGUUCCAGAUCAGCCAGCCACCAAGGAGUUGAAAAAGGAGCCUAAGACUGUAGAAAACUUCUUUGUUACCAGUUCUCAGUGAAUGAAAUUGUUUACUUGUAGAGAGAACACUCUGCUGCUUUUUUUCCCCACUGUGAAAGUCAGUUUUCUAAAGGAUUCUUUUU